AUGCCACGGAAGUCACCACCCUAUAAAUCCGGUCUGCCCUACUUCAAACGCGACUGCGAAGCCUACUUCCCCACUAAUGCCUCGACCGUUACAUGGAGCCGCGCCGAGCAAAACAACACGGUCAACACGUUAUGGUAUGGUAGUCGGAUUAUCCGCGAUUACUACAACGCGCGGAUCGGGCGACGAGAAUUAUUUGGUCUACCAACACCAAACCCCAUACCAGAUAACCCGUUCAAUGCGAGCGACGUCACGUUUGCGCGCACAAAUAAGAGUAUGCCGACGUAUCGUGAUGGAUUGGGAGGAACGGAGCCGGCGUGGGUGAAUGCUCCAGCGGGAUUCGGCGCGCUUGCGAUGACUGUGCCACCGCCCGCUGUGGUCGUUGCUGGCCCUGUUGCAGCGCCUGUUCGUGCCGUUACAGUAUCGCAACCACGGCCAGUGAACCGAUAUCCCUUCAACUUCUGGCCACCUAAGCCGUGGGAUGCGGAGCCAGAUGAUGCGACCUUAGGCAUGACCAUAAAAGCCAUCAAGUCUAAAGAAGAGCCCGAGAAUGUCGACGACAACAACAUCGUGACGGCCAGAAUAGUCGUUAAAGAAGUCCGCCCACAUAACUGGAAAUGGCGGGAUCCAGCGUAUUGGAGAGAUUAUCUUCCGCGUGAAAUUCGCAUACAUGAGCGUAUUGACGCGAAUCGACCCGCCGCUGGCGCUGAUACCUCAGGCUAUGAUAACUUGUUGAGGCAUUUAGGGUACAGAUUGAUGAUGCAGCAGCGCCGCUUCAAACUGUACCUGGACUUCUGUGAAGGUGGCGAUUUAUUCCAGGGAUUGAAAGAGCACUUUGACCGAUGGAAAAGAGGACAAGCGACGGAUAAAAUUGAGCGACUCAAAGUCGUACCAGAGAGCUUGGUCUGGCAUGUACUGUCGCAGCUUGUUGAUGCAUGCCUGGUCCUCCAAACGGGAUCGAAAGAUCCCGCGACAGCGGAGUCGGCUUGGCCACCAAUCACGCAUCUCGAUAUCUCGUUGAGCAACAUCUUCCUGGAGCCAGCGGCUGACGAUGCUUAUCCAAACUGUGUCUUGAGCGACUUUGGUAUGGCAAUGUAUGAUCUGGAGCAGAGUGAUCCCGCAGUGAGACCCUCAGACAACCCUCAGGAGUACGUGCUCGGACACACCAGUUGCAAGUACCCUCCCGAGCAACAACUUGCACGAGGCACUCCGCCUGACUUGACACCUUUGAAUGAGAAGUCAGAUGUUUGGAGUAUCGGAGCCGCAGUCUGGUAUAUGAUUGCGAAUCGCUCGGUCGCUGGUCCGCAGCGCGAACUGCAUUACUCGGAGGACAUGCCGCAAAACGUGAACAUUGGCGAAGCGGAUCAUGGGCGACUAGACGAGCCCGGGGCGAAACCGUUUGAAGGUUUGGGCUUUCCGGCGCUGAGCAAAUACUCGGAAGAGCUGAGGUCGUUGGUUGCGCGCUGCAUGAACUGGGAGCAAGAGCAUCGGCCAGAUCUAGCAACAUUGAGGGCCAAGAUCAAUGCGUAUCUGGCAAGCCACCCGAAAGUGAAGGAUAGCAGAGACUUUGGGCCGCUGAGAAUGUCGAAUCUGGAACAAGGACUGGGGAUUGGAGACACAUUUGUAAGAAAGAGGCGAAAACCGGUCGCAGGAAAGCAAGCCCGUAAAAGGCGAAAGGAAGACGAAGAUAAUAGUGAAGAGUGA